GUGCGUCAUCUGUCAGCGACGGAAGUUGGCUGAGCACGACGAGCGAGCUUCUCUUUGGAAGAGGCGGUUGAGAAGUUUCUCGGUGUUUCCCAGAUAGGAGACUAACAAUGGACACUCAGAAGGACGUUCAACCUCCAAAGCAGCAGCCAAUGAUAUAUAUCUGUGGAGAAUGUCACACAGAAAAUGAAAUUAAAUCCAGGGAUCCAAUCAGAUGUAGAGAAUGUGGAUAUAGAAUAAUGUACAAGAAAAGAACUAAAAGAUUGGUGGUUUUUGAUGCUCGAUGAAACACAGGAAUUCAGAAAAGUCUCUUCAUUGGUUCUUGGGUUUGCCCCUUAAUGUUUUUCAUUGUUGUGUAGCUUUUGAUUUAACACAGUCACUAAUACAACUAUAUACAUUUUUUCAUUUUUAUUUCAUUUUCAAACUAGAUUGUACUUAGGUAUCUAUAUAUACUUUGUAUAAAGAAUUUUUUCAUUCAGUUAUAUGACUUGUUAUUUAAUUUUAUUGUAUAUGUAAUCUGACACACAAUAAAGGUUAAAAGUGUUUCUCCAACCAUACUUUAAAUAAAAUUUAUUUAAAAUUUG